AAGUAGCGUUAGCUUUUCCUCCGAGCAGAGAGUGUGUUGUUGUGUGAGCCGAGUGUGUGAGCCGAGUGUGUGAGCCGAGUGUGUGAGCCGAGUGUGUGAGCCGAGUGUGUGAGCCGAGUGUGUGAGCCGAGUGUGUGAGCCGAGUGUGUGAGCCGAGUGUGUGAGCCGAGUGUGUGAGCUGUGGCAGUAACAAUGCCUUCAGUUCAGUAUCUGAGAGAGUUUAUCAACGAGCGACUAACUGCUGCUGCUGAACAAAUAUUCUUGGAGUUUGAAAAAACGAUCGUCCAGUACGAGGAAGAGAUCGACCGUCAGCGCAGACUGCUGGAUAUCACCUGGAAACCCCAAAUCAAGCUGCACAGGACAGAUGUCCCAGAGCAGCUUGUCUGUGAGGAGGAGGAGGAGGAGGUUCUCCCUGAGCAGCAGCUCUGGAACCAGGAGAGGAGCUCCCGUGUGGACCAGGAGGAACCAGAACCUCCACAGAUUAAAGAGGAACAGGAGGAACUGUGCAGCAGUCAGGAGGGAGAGCAGCUGGGACUGAAGGAGGAGACUGAUACCUUUAUGGUGACUGCUGCUGAGGAAGGAGAGCACAGUGAACCAGGAGGAGGCAGAGAGCACUUCUUCUCACAAGGUUCUGAGACCUUUAUGCGUAUUCAGUCCCAAUCCAAAGAAAUUUCAGUUCCAGAUGUUCCACAGCAGCCCGUCUGUGAGGAGGAGGUUCUCCCUGAGCAGCAGCUCUGGAACCAGGAGAGGAGCUCCAGUCUGGACCAGGAGGAACCAGAACCUCCACAGAUUAAAGAGGAACAGGAGGAACUGUGCAGCAGUCAGGAGGGAGAGCAGCUGGGACUGAAGGAGGAGCCUGAUACCUUCAUGGUGACUGCUGCUGAGGAAGGAGAGCACAGAGCAAACAUGGAGCAGCUCCUCUCUCACAGCUCUGCUGUAGAUCAUGGAGAAAGCAGGAACGUUGAUUCAACUAGAAAUAAAGUGUUAGCACCAACGAGACAUCUUAGGAACAAAAGUCACAGUAACGGUGUAGACCCCCACAUGUCAGAGAGCCAGUGCAACACUGACACAGUGAAAAAGCUCGUAACAUGUGAUGUUUGUGGCAAAGCCUUUAAGAGAAGGUCCCGAAUGAAGGACCACUACAGGAUCCACACAGGUGAGAAGCCUCAUUCUUGCAAAACGUGUGGAAAAAGCUACACUCAGAGGAGCGCUUUGACUGUCCACAUGAGAAUCCACACAGGCGAGAGGCCGUACCCCUGUAAGACAUGCGGGAAAAUGUUCACGUACAGUAGCAUUUUGUUGGCACACAUAAGAACUCAUACAGGUGAGAAGCCGUACCACUGUAAAAUAUGUGGGAAAGUGUUCACGUACAGCAGCCAUUUGUGGCGCCACAUGAAGAGUCACCCAGGUGAGAAGACGUAGUUUUCAAAGUUUAUUAAAGGAAACUGUGAAAGUCAGGAAAUAUUAAGUGUUUGCUGUGUACGACUGGAUUACUGUCAACUACUGCUGAAUCAGAGUGAGUGUAUGAGAGUGAUUUUUAUGUGUAGCAGCACAGGAGAAAGAAGUAAUGCUUGUGUCAAACAGACAUUGAUGGUCCUCACAGAGCAGUUUUGAAAGGAGCCCAAAUGAAGGAAGUUUUCACUUGUACUUUUUGGGGUUGGCCUGUAGGGGGUGCUCAUGAGAAGGCAGCAGGGGAGGACUCAGCAUCUGGAUUGAUGUUUUUCUAACUAGUCUUGUACUGUUGUGUAGUUAGUGAAGUUAAUCACACCAGUAUAAUGUGAAGGCUGGGUUGCCAUGGUAACACCAGGAUACUUCACAGAUUUUGUUUGGAGUUUCCCAGGGUGCAUCAGGAGCUUUUUAAUGAAAAGGUUGGAUUUUAAGUUCUGAACAAUACCUGAAAAGUUUAAUAAAAAUAAAGCCGGCCUUGAACUGAAGGAACGAACCCUGAUCCAUGUUUGUUGGAUGAUCUGAGUGGGCUUUAUCCAUGACUACUCCAUCACUCUGGUCAGGAAUGGAUCGACAGCAUGUUCAGCGUCUUCGUCUGAAACUGGUUUAUCAUCAGAUUUUAAAUCACUGAUGACUGGAGAAUGAUAAAGUUUAAGAAGCUGAAGGAUCCGGACUGAUGUGUGAUUAUCGUUCAAAUAAACGAGGGAAACGUUUCAGCCAAACUACAGAUUCAAGAACUGCUUGGAAACAUGUUUCAGACUGAAAGCAGCUUCAAACUGUUCAUGAAGAAGCUCAGAGUUUAUUACAUGUGAUGUUUCUGAAGCCGCAGUUCAAACAGCUGAGCUUUUUGCUGCUGGAUGAACAGCUGUGUGCUUUUACAACAGCUGGAUGUUUGUGCUUCUGUGUUAGUGACAGAGAGACAGAGGGCUGGAUGUGGUGACUGUCAGUGAGUCUGAGUUAGUGUCUUGUCACCAGUGGGAAUGAGUCUCUCUGUUAAUAUAAAAGCAGUUUUGUGUGUGUGUGUGUGUGUGUGUGUGUGUGUGUGUGUGUGUGUGUGUGUGUGUGUGUGUGUGUUUUAAGUUUAAAGUGUUGAUCAGUUUGUGAAAUAUAAAAAAGCGUGAGGUUUGGCCGCUCGUAUCAUCCGUCUGUAUCACAUCAGCAUCACACUAAGAUGUAAUGCUGCUAUAUUUAAUAUCUGAAGUGUUUUGCUGCAGAAUCCUUUCAUAUUUGUACAAAACACACAAAUACUUUAACCUACUGCAAUAGAAUGGCAAUAAAAUAGUUAAAGAAAUAAAAUUCCUGCAUGAAUUCCUGUUGAUGGAGGCCUGAUUGUGCUCCUGAUCGUCACUGUUAGGUUUUCUUCCACACAGUUGACCUCCUGGCCCGUCUGCUGAACGCUGCUGUGCUCUCACUUCAUGUCUCAUUCUCUCUGAAUGCUGGAUUUCAUCUUUUAAACUGUGCCUCAGGCUUUUGACACACUCAGAUGUUGAAGUUUAGUUUCUGCCCAGCUCGAGUCUUUUUCUUAUUUAAUAGCACAUUAUUUAAUGUACCAUGAGAAAACUGAAGCAGAUGUACAGCGUGGAAAUAUGAAAGUCUCUGUGUAAAUAAAGUUUUUAGAACAUUU